AUGGCUAACCAUGAUCGUGCGACUUCGCAGCCCACCUGUCAGAACUGUGGUACACACACCACUCCGCUAUGGCGACGUGACGAGACGGGCGCCGUCCUCUGCAACGCCUGCGGCCUCUUCCUCAAGCUCCAUGGCCGUCCGAGGCCGAUCUCGCUCAAGACAGAUGUCAUCAAGAGCCGCAAUCGCGUGAAGACUAUGAGGCCAGAUCUUGCCAAGCAGAAAAAGGCGCAGGCCCAGCAACACCCUGGCCUUUCGCAGACGGGAGAUUUGAACGGCGCAGACCUUGGGGCUCUCAAUGGGGCAGCUGGAGCCCGUAGGACCUCGCAAAAAUCCGCCAACGGCGCCAUGGACGACACCAACUCCCCCAUCUCGCGAACCGGCACGCCCAAUCUGUAUGCUUCGCAUUUGGCUCCCAUAUACCAAAACAUCGACGACCAAUUCCAGGCCCAACAGCUGUCUGGUUUUGGCGGACCGGAUGGUCGCGCUCCAUCCCCGUUGAACGGCGACCGACUCGACAUGCCGCAGACCCACGAGCAGCUGCUCGCUACCAACGCAAGCCUGAAGACGCGGGUCAGUGAGCUGGAAGUGAUCCAGGAACUGUACAGGGGUAGGAUCCAGCAGCUCGAGCAAGAGGAGGUGAACAGGCAGGCACAAGAACAGAGCAAGUCGGAGGCUGAGGAGCAGCUACGGGCUCAGUUGAGUGCCUUGACCGAGUCGCAAGCGCACCUUCAGAAGGAGCUUGAAGAGAGCCACCGGAGAGAGAACAUGCUCAAAAGGCGCCUGGACGAGCUCGAAGUCGAGCUGAAAGAAGCCAAAGAGUCCCUGGAAGCCGACGAGAGCCGCCGCUCCAAAAGGCCCCGUACCGACGAGGCUGCUCAGAUCCUGGACGAGGCGGCAUCAACUUCUCAGUCGGCGUCAUAG